AUGGACCAAGGCCUCAGAGCCUCCAUAUGGGCACCAAUCUCCUCAUCACGCCGAACAUACGAUCUAGACAGACACGACACACGCUCCAGAUCACUACCACCACCCAUCUCUGCAAUUGCCGGACCCUCAGUCACAUCCGCAUCUACACCUGGCCCACGAACCACCUCAACCACCACUUCAACCACUACCGCAACCACAAACCCAGCAUCAAAAGCAGGAUCCCUCGCCCGUCUCCAGUCCUUCCGCCGCUUCGAACAUACAUGCCACCGCCUCCGCUGGAAAUUCAUUGACCUCGAAAGCUCAUACAACCGCGCCCUGGCACCCACCCAAUGGGGCUUCACUCCUGCCGACGCAGAGCGCAACUUCAAGGUUGAUUUUCACGAAUUCUACGCAUGGAUUGAACAGGCUGUUGUUUUCCUGCUUCUCGUUUUCGGGGUCGUCGUGCACAAAGGCGGGUCAAGAGAUGAAGCGCGAGCAGCCGGCACGGGAUGGUCAUCUCACGCCUAUCAUCAUAAUGUGUUGAAGGCGCUGGAUGAGGAGGGGAAUCCGCUACAUGAUAUGCUGGGAAGUGGAGAUGUGAACCAAGCGCUUUGGAAGGCGAAGGAGUUAAGGAAUAGGUGGAAGGAUGCGGCGGAGGGGAGGGAGACGCCGCCUUUGAAGAUGUAUGAUUUGCGGUGGAUUGUUACGCAGAUAUUGGGGGGUUUGGAGGAGGCGUAUAUGGUGGCUGGGAGGGAGGUUGAUGGUGAUUUGGGGGGAGGAGAGGAUGAAGGGAUGGUGGUGGAGGAUGGGUGGGAGUGGAUGGUGGAAAGUAUGGAUUGGGAGGCUUGA